UCUAUAUUCAGUGGCUGAAACUAAACCUUGGAAAUUAGGGUUUAUCUAGCGAACCGCACCGAUUCGAUUCAGUCGCCUGCUCACCCGAAUCGUCUCCGCAAGCUAAAGGGUAUCGGAUUUUUGAUUUUGAAGGAAAGAUGGUGAGGCCGUAUGGGAUUAAGGUGAACAAGAGGAAGGAGAGAAAAGAGAGGUACGAUAAGGAAGAAGACGAAGAAGAGGAACAGCCUAAGUUCGAGCAGAAACAAAAAGAAAAAGAAAGGGUGAAGAGGGCGAAAAGAGAAGUCACAUCAAAAGCAGAGGAGGAAGAUGAUGAAGAGAAUGAGAUAGCUGAGGAAGCAGCAGCAGAUGAGCUUGAUGUGGGAAUACCUAUUGUCGUGUCUGAUGAUAAGAAGGACCAGACUGGCGUUAUUUUUGUGCUUGAGAAGGCCUCUCUUGAAGUUGCCAAAGUUGGAAAGACUUACCAGCUACUAAACUCUGAUGAUCAUGCUAAUUUCUUGAGGAAGAAUGGCAGAGAUCCUGCUCAUUACCGACCAGACAUCACUCAUCAGGCUCUUUUGAUGAUUUUGGAUAGUCCGGUCAAUAAGGCUGGGAGGUUGAAAGCGGUGUACGUUAGAACAGAACAAGGUGUUCUUUUUGAAGUUAAGCCACAUGUUCGUAUACCAAGAACUUACAAGCGGUUCGCUGGAAUCAUGUUGCAACUGCUACAAAAGCUUAGCAUUAGUGCAGCUGGGAAGCGUGAGAAACUUAUGCGGGUGAUCAAGAACCCUGUUACAGGCCACCUACCGCCUAAUUGUAGAAAAAUAGGCUUCUCGUAUAGCUCUGAAAAGCUGGUCAAUAUGCAGAAGCACCUAUCAACCGUCUGUAAUGAGACCGACACUGUUUUUGUGCUUGGUGCGAUGUCACACGGGAAAAUAGAGUGCGACUAUAUCGAUGAUUUUGUGGCCAUUUCAGGGUAUCCUCUUAGCGCAGCUUACUGUAUCUCAAGAAUCUGCGAGGCCUUAUCAACAAAUUGGAAUAUUAUAUAAAAGAGUAUUAGCCAGAAGGUCCCUUCUUCUUUCUCCUCUACUGUUCUAAUUGUUGAACCAUUUUAAGUUUGUGUUUUAUGCACACUGUUCAAUCUAUUAUGAGUUCUAUGUUCUUAAACUUUUUGUCAGAAUGUACUAAACAAACUAUAUCGAAGUAAGAUUUUUGGUUAUGAACUAA